AUGCUCCAGUCGGCGGGCAACGCCGCAACCUAUGAGGCGAGGAUCAUCCCCCAUCGUCUCCUCCGGCUGGCCGUUGUCCGCUGGCAGUUUGCCUUGAACCUCUCAAGCAAAAACUUAUCAAGUCGUGCAAAAGCUGGCUCUAGCUGGUCAAAGAGGAAGACCCGGGCCAUCAGAGGAGUGCUCGAGUUCGUCCUCGGUCAUAUUGAUCGCGUCCUACCUAACACCGGUUUUGCCGGACUUCUGGGAGCAAUCACCCGGGUUUACGUCAUAGCUGUGCUAGAAUUCCUGGCUUCUGAAAUGCUCCAGUCGGCGGGCAACGCCGCAGCCUAUGAGACGAGGGUCAUCCCCCAUGGUCUCCCCAGGCUGGCCGUGGUCUGCUGGCAGUUUGUUUUUAAGCUCUCCAGCAACAACUUAUCAAGUCGUACAAACGCUGGCACUAGCUAG